AAUCUAGAGGAAGUUGACAAAGUGUGACAACAGCUCGGUACAACAUGUGGUGGAGAUUUUGCAGCUUGCUGGCCUGGUUCCCCUUACAAGAAGCCUUUCUGACUAACCACACAGAAACAGUCACCGUGGAGGAAGGCCAGACGCUCAUUCUGAAGUGUGUUGUUUCUCAGGGGAAGACCACCUCUCUGCAGUGGCUGGCCCCCUCAGGGUUCACCAUUUUUUUAAAUGAGCAUCCUGCUUUAAAAAAUCCCAAAUACCAGCUUCUUCAUCACUCCACCAAUCAGCUUUCCGUCAGCGUGCUGAAUGUCACCCAGGGAGAUGAAGGCGUGUACAAGUGUUUACAUUACAGCAACUCCGUGAGAACAAAGGAAGUAAAAGUGGUCGUGUUAGCAACACCGUCCAUACCAACCCUGGAAGCUUCAGUUAUCAGAACACAAGACGGAAAAGAACACGUUACCCUUAAGUGCUCCACCGUGAGAAGUAAGCCGCCUCCGCAGAUAACCUGGAUUAUAGGGAAUGACAUAGAACUCAAUGGUGAGACCCACCAUGAAUUUGAAACUGAUAGGAAGAAAUGUAACAGCAGCAGCAUCCUCAGAGUCCACAGAUACAGCAGAAACUCAACAGUGGACUGCGUGAUCCGACACAAAGGCCUACAAGGAGGAAAACUGGUAGCACCUUUCCGAUUUGAAGACUUGGUUACCGAUCACGAGCCGGCUUCAGAUGCCCCGGAGAAAAGCUCCCCGUCCUCGCAGGACCCUCAGCAGCCCGCUAGUACUGUUGCAGUAAUGGAAGAUUCCAGUAUAACAGAGAGUGACAAGGAAGAGAAAGAACAACCCGCUGAAGACCGUGCCUUGGCCACUGAAGCCAGUCUUCAGUACGUGGGGGUGAUGCGGAGGAAAAACGGCAUCCUGCUGCUCACCCUUGUGUCCUUCCUCAUCUUCAUACUCUUCAUCAUCGUCCAGCUCUUCAUAAUGAAGCUCCGGAAAGCGCACGUGGUGUGGAAGAGAGAAAACGAAAUCUCAGAACACACUCUAGAAAGUUACAGAUCAAGGUCAAAUAAUGAAGAAACAUCAUCCCAAGAGAAAAAGUGCCAAGGUUUCCACUCUAAGAGCUACAUGAACUACAUCACACAGUUGUACUCAGAAGCAAAAACAAAGAGGAAGGAAAAUGCACAAAAUUCAAAAUUGAAAGAAGAGCCCACUCAUAUACCAGAGACCAUUGUGUAGUGCUCCCUGCAAUAGAAAAUAUGAUUUUGGGGGGCGAGUGCAUCAUCACAGUGGAGCAGCCUAUGGGAAAGUGCAUAAUUACUGUCACAUGAAAAAUAGACUUUGAGUGUGAUGCAAGACAGUGUCUUCCUAUAGAGAUCUACUUCUGGGGUCAGAGCCGCGAAAUGAGGACUGGACCAUGGACACAAAAGCUUCAUAGUUUAAAAAAGAGAAAAGAGAAGAAAAGAAAAGAAGAGAAAAGAAAAGAGAAGAACCAUUACGCCUGACACUACUUCAGAGCAGGAACAUUCUCCAAAGCCUUGGAGAUCAGGGACACCCUACCCUGAAGGGAGGAGGAGCCCUGGUUGAGAAUCACACAUUUCAUUUUAGUCUGUUUCAGUUUGGAACUGUUCCUCAGUCUUUCCUGCACAUUCAGGACAUUGGGAUAGCCUUGAAGAUUGCAACCUAGUGAUUCUGUCAACUCUCCCACAGUUGGCCUUUGUCUGAUCGUUUCUUCGGGAUUAGAUUCAGGUUACAAAACUCUGACGGGACUGUCACAGAACUGAUGUUUUGGUUACCCCUUUGGGUUUUACUUUCCCCUUCACUGAUGUUCACUUUGAUCCCUUGAUUAAGGGGCUGUCUGCCAGUCUUCCCCACUGCGAAGUUCCUCUUUCCUCCUGUAUAAGCUGGUAUUUUGUGCAGAGAUGCUUUAAAAACACGCAGAUCUCCUGUUCCUCAUCAAACUUCCAAGUUACUCCUUUAUUUCUAUCUGUAUGGACUCACAGUUUCCUGUUAUUCAAUGAGUUACAAUCUGUUACUGUGUCAGCUCACUCACUUGGUUAUAAUCUGUUACUAAUCUCUUGUUAAUG